AUGAAGGCUUCAUCUAAUUCACUGAGUCCCGCUGUGCCCCCACCUCCGUGCCCCCACCUCCGUGCCCCCACCGCCAUGCCCCCACCUCCGUGCCCCCACCUCUGUGCCCCCACCGCCGUGCCCCCACCUCCGUGCCCCCACCGCCGUGCCUCCACCGCCGUGCCCCCACCUCCGUGCCCCCACCGCCGUGCCCCCACCUCCGUGCCCCACCGCCGUGCCCCCACCGCCGUGCCCCCACCUCCGUGCCCGCACCGCCGUGCCCCCACCUCCGUGCCCCCACCUCCGUGCCCCCACCGCCGUGCCCCCACCUCCGUGCCCACCUCCGUGCCCCCACCUCCGUGCCCCCACCUCCCCACCGCCGUGCCCCCACCGCCGUGCCCCCACCUCCGUGCCCCCACCGCCGUGCCCCCACCUCCGUGCCCCCACCGCCGUGCCCCCACCGCCGUGCCCCCACCUCCGUGCCCCCACCGCCGUGGCCCCACCGCCGUGCCCCCACCUCCGUGCCCCCACCGCCGUGCCCCCACCGCCGUGCCCCCACCUCCGUGCCCCCACCGCCGUGCCCCCACCGCCGUGCCCCCACCUCCGUGCCCGCACCGCCGUGCCCCCACCUCUGUGCCCCCACCUCCGUGCCCCCACCGCCGUGCCCCCACCUCCGUGCCCACCUCCGUGCCCCCACCGCCGUGCCCCCACCUCCGUGCCCCCACCUCCCCACCGCCGUGCCCCCACCGCCGCCCCCACCUCCGUGCCCCCCUCCGUGCCCCCACCGCUGUGCCCCCACCAGUGUUCACUAAUACAACCACCUCGGCACGCUCACAACUACAGGGGCUCAAGGUGCCUUGGUAA